UCUAUGAAAGAACCUGGCAAUAGCCAACCUCAGUUCUCAGUAGUGUGUGAAGUGUGGGACCCCCUUAAUCCAAGAAAAGGACAACGGUGAACUGUGAAGCAGCUUCCUUCCAUCCAAUAAUAAUCCAAUUCCCAAUUCGCUUCUUUUUACUUUUCUUGAAUCUUUCUCAUUAUCCUUUCUUCUGAUACAGCGGCAGCUAUCUCUUUUUUACUUGAUUCCUGUGUUCAAUAGCUCCUCAACAUCAUCUGCCUAAUCAUUCUUAUUCAUCCAUUAAUGUCUUCAGUUCUAUAGACUAAAACCUAGAGUUUUUCUUUUCUCUCUAACUAGAACAGCGUCAUGAGGUUGCAGGAUAACCAGGAUCUCCAACUAUCGAACCAGCUUGUUUCUUCUCUAAUGGAGGAAAUAGCCCACGUUCAGAGCUUCAAAGGUAAGUGGGCUCUCAUCAGAACCAAACUUACUGAUCUCCCCACCCAUCUCAAAGAUCUCUCCGACUUCCCCAAUUUUUCUACCAACCCACUCUCCUUAGAACUCGUACGCUCCAUCUACCAAACCCUCACCGAUGCUCUCUCCCUCGCAAGAAACUGUGGCCACGCGAAUCUUUCCGCCGGUAAGCUCAGGACGCAGAGCGAUAUCGACGCUGUGGCGACCAAGCUCCAUCAGCACAUCCAAGACUGUGACCUCUUGCUCAAGAGCGGUGUCCUUCAGGACGCUGCACCUGUUUCCUCUGUAACUGUUUCUUCGAAGAGAGAAACUGUCCGAGUCGAGGCGCGAAAUUUGAUCACUCGCUUGCAGAUCGGGAAUCCCGAGUCGAAGAGUACCGCCAUAGAUUCCUUUCUGGGCUUGCUACAAGAGGACGAUAAGAACGUCUUGAUCGCCGUCGCCCAAGGUGUGGUUCCGGUUCUCGUUCGGUUGCUCGAUUCCAGCUGCCUCGACAUGAAGGAGAAGGCCGUCUCCGCCAUCUCUAGGGUUUCUAUGGUGGAUAGUAUCAAGCAUGUUUUACUUGGGGAAGGGGUUCUGCUUCUCAAUCACCUGCUUCGUGUGAUCGAGUCUGGCAGUGGGUUUGCCAAGGAGAGAGCUUGUAUUUCUCUUCAAGCCCUUAGCUUUUCCAAGGAGAACGCCAUAGCAAUCGGGUCUAGGGGUGGGAUUUCUUCUCUAUUGGAGAUCUGCCAUGCCGGGACGCCAGCUUCUCAAGCCGUUGCGGCUGGGGUCCUCAGGAAUCUCGCUAAAUUUCCUGAAAUCAAACAGAAUUUCAUCGAGGAGAACGCCGUCCCGGUACUCAUCGAGCUUUCGUCCUCUGGUACUGCCAUGGCCCAAGAGAACUCGAUUGGUUGUUUGGCUAAUUUGGUGUCGGCGGAUGACCAAGCUUUGAAGCUUUUGAUUGCCAGGGAAGGAGGAAUCGAAUGCCUUAAGGACUACUGGGAUGCUGCUCCCUCUGUUCGGAGUCUUGAAGAUGCGGUCCGGUUAUUGACAAACAUGGCUUCUUCCAGGCCUAUCGCCGAAGCUCUUGUAUCCGAGGGUUUCAUCCCUCGGCUUGUGGUGGUUCUGAGUUGUGAGGUGUCGGCGGUGAGAAUCGCGGCGGCCAGAGCUGUUUACGAGCUGGCGUUCUGCAACAGAAAAAGGAAGGAAUUGGGAGAGUCUGGGUGUAUUCCUCCUCUGGUGAAGAUGUUGGAAGCCAAGGCGGUGGAAGAGAAAGAAACCGCUGCCAAGGCAUUGUCCUGCCUAUUGCUGUAUGUGGGUAACACAAGGGUUUUCCGCAAGGACGAUAGGGGGAUACUGGGCACGGUUCAGCUCCUUGACCCUUGCAUCAUAAACUUGGAUAAAAGAUACCCAAUUUCUAUCUUGGUUUCUGUUGUUCAAUCAAACAAAUGCCGCAAACUGAUGGUAGCUGCAGGUGCCUGUGCUUACUUGCAGAAACUUACUGAGAUGGAGAUUGAAGGGGCUAAGAAGCUUCUUGAAAGUUUAAGUAGAGGAAAGCUCUGGGGAGUCUUUUCCAGAACGUAGCAGAGAAAAUCAUCCAUUAUCAAGACACACUGUUGAUCUCUUGUUUGAUCUGUAUGUACCAAAUACUUUUCAUGUGUCACUGUACCAUUUUUCUUUUCAUCUUCUGUAUUCAUACUUGAGUUUUGGGAAGAAGCCCUGAAAAGAGUAGAGGCACACAGUCAUCAUUGCUGUUGUAUACUUUCUUGUGUAGAGCUUAAAUCUUGUGGUUUGCUGACAUUACUAAGAUUUGAGUCUUGUUCCUAAUAAAAUGCUUAUUAAUCUUGUAAA